UCUGUGUGUGUGUGUAUAUCUGGCAGCAGCUUUUCAUCUGUGCGUAAAGAGCUCCGUCAAACAGAGAUAAAGGGGGAAAAGUAAAUGAGACGUUUGAGUUUCAUGGACCGGUAAAAACAGUCUGGAUUACAUCUCGGAGCAUUUUGGUGACAUCUGUCAGUGUUUGGAAAAGCCAGCUCGUCCUGUUGAGUUUUAUAUUUUGUGGGAAUCCAGAGAGUCCAGAUGUUAAUCCACACCUAUUCGGCAAUGGACCGCGCAGACGGACUAAGCGGCUCGUCGCCGAGUGGGCGCCUCUCCCAGCUCUCCUCCCUGAACCAGGCCGCCUACUCCUCGGCGCCCCCGCUCUGCCACACUCCGGCCUCUGACUUCCAGCCUCCGUACUUCCCCCCUCCUUACCCCCAGUCCUCCCUGCCAUACUCCCAGAGCCAGGACUCAGCCUAUUCCCACCUGUCAGACCCCUACCCCUCCAUUAACUCCAUCCAUCAGCAUCAGCAGGCGGCGUGGCACUCGCAGAGGUCGCGCUCCGAUGAGGGGGGGCUCCUGUCACAGUCGCACCGGGCUCUGAGCCUCGACCCCCGGCGGGAGUAUGCAGCUGUCCCUCGGCUGCUGCACGGUCUCGGGGAAGGUGCAGCCGCGCUCGGGGACGGUCCUCUCGGGAUGCACCUGGGACAUCACGGCCUGGAUGAUCUUCAGGGAAUGGAGGAAGGAUCAGCCUUGGGCAUCCUCGACCACUCUGUCAUUAAAAAAGUUCCCAUCCCGUCAAAGCUCAACGGCUCGUCUCUGUCCGCCUUGUCCAUGUGUAAGGAGGGUCUCGGGAUGGGAGCCGUGUCCAACCCGGCCGAGGUCUUCUGUUCGGUCCCAGGUCGCCUCUCGCUGCUAAGCUCCACCUCCAAGUACAAGGUGACAGUCGGGGAGGUGCAGCGUCGCCUCUCCCCGCCAGAGUGCCUCAAUGCCUCUCUGCUGGGUGGAGUCCUCCGGAGGGCGAAGUCAAAGAAUGGUGGCCGCUGUCUGAGAGAGCGUCUGGAGAAGAUUGGCCUCAACCUGCCCGCCGGGCGCCGCAAGGCCGCCAACGUCACUCUGCUAACAUCUCUUGUGGAGGGUGAGGCCGUCCAUCUGGCGCGGGACUUUGGUUACGUGUGUGAGACAGAGUUUCCAGCCAGAGCCACAGCUGAGUAUCUGUGCAGGCAGAGCGAGCCGGACCAGCUCCCAACACGCCGCAGCAUGCUGCUCGCCACAAAGGAGAUCUGUAAGGAGUUCGUGGACCUCAUGUCCCAGGACCGCUCUCCGCUGGGCGGCAGUCGACCCACCCCCUGCCUGGAGCCCGGCGUCCAGGGCAGCCUCACCCACUUCAGCCUGCUCACCCACGGCUUCGGCACGCCCGCCAUCUGCGCCGCGCUCUCCGCCUUCCAGAGCUACCUGAUGGAGGCGAUCAAAAUGCUAGACAAGGGCGAAGGUGGAGGGAAGAGCCACCACGAGAAGGAGAUGAAGCACCGCAAAUAGGGCGGAGGACGGACUGCUGUGUUAAUGUACGAGAGGCAGAAAGGAAGAGGGGAAAAGACUGACUGUUACCCCCCCUCGGUGUCUUUUCUUUCGCCCUCAGGAUGAAAACUGUUACCUCCCAGAACCCCUUUGCGGCCCCUCUGGUGGAGGAGGCGGGGUUUACGAUGAUAUCUGUACUGUAAUGUGUUUCCACCUCACUCGAACAUGACGCAUGGACCUCUCUUCUCAGUAGCUGGUUUGUGUCAUGAUGGCGUCUACUAAACAUCUAUUCAGGAUGAGUUCCUACAUAUGGCUGUAUAGUUUUAUUUACCCCCACUUCUACCUUUAUUUUUUAAAUUUUGGUAAACAUGUCACCUUUAUCAGUGUUUUAGAAACCCCCCCUGCCUCCAUCGGUCGCGCUCCCGUUCACACAUUCUUCGAACUGAGCUCAUCUGGAAAUUGUCGUAAGCCAUAUCUGAGACAAACAAACCUGCUCUUUUGAUCCUUUGGAACUUUUGAGGAGACUUUUAACUCCAGCUGAUUGGACGAGCAAUGCUUCCAUACAUAGUUCUUUUUAAAGUGGUGGUCAUGGGAAAUUGAGUCCUCUGGGAGUGUGAGAAAAGGAGGAGUCAAAGGCAGCUACAAGGAGAUUUGUUUUCUUUUUGUUUUGAAGUGCUGCGUGUUGGUAACUUAAAGAAAAUAACAAAUCAUUUUGUACUUUCUGUGUAUGUUUAUUAUUAAUGUUAUU